CUGAUGCUAUGUUUCUGGUCUUAUCAAAUCUUACGGGGCUUAAACUGCAUGACCUGGCACCGGAAUCUGAUACUGAUGAAAGCGACGAGGACACUGCAGGAACUAAUGGAACAAAAGGAGAGCCAUGCUGUUGUACCCAAGUUCGUAAAUGGAAACAUGGUUCGUACACUCUGGUACAUGACAAUGAGAUUGAGGGGGACAGAGAGUUCGCCUUGGAUGUUCUUCUAUAUAUUGGCUGUGAAGGAUGGGAGCCUGAUCAGGGAGGGAUUACCAGCUACAUAGCACGAGGGGAGGAUGAGGAGUUGUUGUCCGUGAGUCCAUCCGAGAACAGUCUGGCACUGGUGUACCGGGGCCAAGACACAUUACAUUUUGUCAAACACCUCAAUGUCAGAUCUAGAAAGCUGCCCAAAAGGGAAUAUUAUGACAUAUGCUGUACGUACUAUGAAUAAAAUCAAUAUAUUGCAAA